UAUUUAUAUGUGCAAAAUCAUUCGUUUUCUACUAUGAAAUUAAUUUUAUGCUUCUUUCUUUUUUCACCUGAUAAAAUUUUAUUUACUUUUUAUACAUCAGAUCCCAAGAAUUUGGCUUGUGAAACUUGAAAGACACUUACAGUCAUAAAAAAACAAGGAGAAAUAGAGAAAGGGAAAACAAACAAUUUUGAGGUGUCAUUUUCUGCUCUUCGCAAGGAUGUUGUCAACAUUCUGGAUUUUAUGGAGAGGUUAAAGAAUGAAGAAGAUCAAAAUGUUGUGGACGUGUAUCUAAUUGAAAGGCUGAGACUUGAGCUUGCAUUUAUUUGUACCUACGUCCAACUUUCUUACUCCGAUUUGGAGCAGUUUGAAGUUGUAAUGACUGCCCAAAGACAACGUAUUGAAGAACUGCUUCGAUCAAUUUUGUAUGAUGCAGACUCCAGCGCAGGGUUUAAGUUCGACAUGCAUCAUGUCCUUCCUCGCUUCCUGGAAAAUAUUGAUGACUGUAUCAACUCAUGUCAUCAUUCUACGUCAAGUACCACCAUGACUGAGGAGCAGUUGAACUUCCUUCUCGUGAAUCUCCUUCAUCUAUCCAAGCAUCAGUAUCUCGAAGAACAGAUGCCUUCAUCAGCGUCUCAAUAUGAGAUUCUUCAGAAUAUGUGUGGCAAUGUGGGAGAUUUCCAUGGUUUGAUACUGAAUGGUUGCGUUAAGCAUGAUAAUGUUGAAUACGUUUUACCUCAGUUUCAACGUAUGGCUGAGAGAGUUGGACUCUUCCUUUGGGAUGAACUAAUUCUAGAAAACUCUAGUGUCUUCAAGCUAGCUCAUCUACUCAUGAAGAUUUUCCCAAUUGAACUCGAGGUUAUGAGCGUAUGCUUUACAAAUUUGAAAGCAUCAACUUCAGCGGAAGUUGGAUGCUUCGUUAAGCAGCUCCUAGAAGCCUCUCCAGACAUUCUUAGAGAAUAUCUGAUUCAUCUACAAGAGCACAUGGUAACUGUUAUUAUCGCAAGCACUUCAGGGGCUCGAAACAUUCAUGUCAUGAUAGAGUUCCUAUUGAUUAUUCUUACUGAUAUGCCCAAGGACUUUAUUCAUCAUGACAAAUUAUUUUAUCUUUUGGCACGUGUUGGAGCACUUAUCAGGGAGGUAUCAACUCUCAUUCACAACUUAGAAGAAAAAUCAAGGAAUGAAGAGAGUACCGAUGAAAGAAGUCGUGCAACUCUAGAUUUUAUUGAAGAAAAACUUGAACUCCUCAAGGAAGAUCUCGAACAUGUUUAUCUGAAAGCCCCAGACCCAUGUCAAUGGGGCUUCCCAAUGACUGAUGGACCACUCUUUGUGCAUCUGCUACACAGACACUUAGCUAAUUUGCUAGAUUCCAAUGCUUAUUCAAUUUCAUUGAUAAAGAAAGAAAUUGUAGUGUUGAAAGAAGACAUAGAAUUCAUAAGUUCGUUCUUCAUGAAUGCUGAGAAAGGAUUGUAUAAAGAUCUAUGGGCACAUGUUUUAGAUGUGGCAUACGAGACAAGAGAUGUCAUUGAUUCAAUUAUUAUUCGAGAUAAUUGCCUCUUACAUCUUGUUUUCUCACUUCCCAUUACCAUAAAAAAGAUCAAACUUAUCAAAGAAGAAGUCUCAAAUUUACUUGAGAACUUUCCCAAGAACAGGAGCCUCAUUGUUGUGCACUCUCCCAAGAAGCCAGUUGAGAGCAAGUCAUUGACAGCCGGUAAAAUAAUUGUAGGUUUUGUGGAUGAGACAGACUGGAUUAUAAGGAAGCUCACCAGUGGACCAGCAGCUCUAGAUGUCAUUUCGAUCAUUGGAAUGCCGGGUUCGGGUAAAACUACUUUGGCAUACAAAGUAUACAAUGAUAAGUCAGUUUGUAGUCAUUUCGACGUUCGUGCAUGGUGCACAGUUGACCAGGAAUAUGACGAGAAGAAGUUGUUGGUGAGGCUUUUUAAUCAAGUUACUGGCUCGGAUUUGAAGUUCAGUGAGAAUAUUGAUAUUGCCGAUAAGCUACGGAAACAACUGUAUGGAAAGAGGUACCUAAUUGUGUUAGAUGAUGUGUGGGAUAUUGACACAUGGGAUGAGCUAACAAGACCUUUCCCUGAAGUUGUGAAAGGAAGUAGAAUUAUUUUGACAACUCGACAAAAGGAAGUGGCUUUACAUGGAAAGGGCAGCACUGAUCCUCUUAACCUUCGAUUGCUAAAUCCAGAAGAAAGUUGGGAGUUAUUAGAGAAAACGGCAUUUGGAGAACAAAGUUGCCCUGAUGAACUAUUAGAUGUUGGUAAAGAAAUAGCCCAAAAUUGUAAGGGACUUCCGCUGGUUGCUGAUCUGAUUGCUGGAGUCAUCCUAGGUUUGGAAAAGGAAAAGACUGUUUGGCUUGAAGUUCGGAAUAAUUUGAGGUCCUUUAUUUUGAAUAGUGAAGUUGAUGUGAUGAAGGUUAUAGAAUUAAGCUAUGACCGUUUACCACAUCACCUGAAGCCAUGCUUAAUUUACCUUGCAUCUUUUCCUAAGGACACAACAAUUGACAAAGAUGUGUUGAAAAUGUAUUGGCGCGCUGAAGGGCUUGUUGACCAGAUAGAGAUGAAGAGUGUGAAAGAAGUAAUGGAGGUUUAUUUCGAUAAUUUAAUUUCCAGUAGCUUGGUAAUUACUUUGAAUGAGAUUGGUAAAUGCCCGACUUGCCAAAUUCAUGAUCUUGUGCACGACUUUUGUUUUAUAAAAGCUAGAGAGGAAAAGUUGUUUGUCCGGAUAAAUUCAAGUGAUGCAUCCUCUUCUUCAGAUUUGAUGCCACGCAUAGUAAACAUUGAUUAUAAAAAGAAGCACUUUGAGCUUAACAAUUUCGUCCUGUGUAGUUCAAAAAUGAAAAGGCAUUCAGGUAAACACCUCUAUUCUUUGAGGAUAACUGGAGACGAGAUGGAAGAUCUUAUUUUUGAUAUAUGUCACCUAAGACACUUGAGGCUUCUUAGAGUGUUGUUCCUGCGAAGCUCUUUUAUGAUGGUGAAAGAUUCUUUGUUGAAUGAAAUAUGCUUGUUGAAUCAUUUGAGGUUCUUAUACAUUGGGACAAAAGUUAAAUCUCUGCCAUCUUUCUCAAACCUCUGGAAUCUAAAAACCCUGAACGUUGAAAACAAAGGAUCAACCAUGGUACUAUUACCGAGUAUUUGGGAUCUUGUAAAGUUGCGAUUGUUGUCCAUGAGUGCUGGUUCUUUCUUUGAUUUGGAUACAGAUGAACCAAUACUGAUAGCAGAAGACUCAAAGCUAGAGAACUUGAGAUUUUUAGGGAAACUUGUGCUUUCUUAUUCGAAAGAUAAAGAGGAUAUUUUCAGACGGUUUCCCAAUCUUCAAGAGCUUUCAUUUGUUCUCAAGGAAUCAUGGGAUUAUUCAACAAAGCAAUAUUGGUUCCCAAAAUUGGAUCACCUAACCGAACUAAAACUCCUCGAUGUAGAAUUUCAAAGUUUAAUUUCAAAUGACUGUGGGCCCUCUGUAGCGACAAAUUGGUCGUGGGAUUUUCACUUGCCUUCCAAUUUGACAAAAUUGAUGUUGUGUGACUUUCGUGUGACAUCCAAUUCACUAUCAACAAUAGCGAGAUUGCCCAACCUUGAAGAAUUGUUCCUUAUUAGAACAAUCAUGCUGGGGAAAGAAUGGAACAUGGGGGAGGAAGACACCUUUGUGAAUCUCAAAUAUUUGGAUUUGGAAGAAGUGACUCUUGCUAAGUGGGAAUUUGGAGAGGAAUCCUUUCCCGUGCUUGAAAAAUUGGCACUGUGGGACUGUCAUAUGCUUGAGGAGAUUCCGCCUAGUUUCGGAGAUAUUUCUUCAUUGAAAAUCAUCCAACUUGUAGAGAGCCCUCAACUUGAAGAUUCCGUGCUGAAGAUUAAGGAAUAUGUUGAAGAGAUGACGGGAGAAGACAAGCUUCAGAUCAUUGGCCCGAAUAAUAUCCUGUUAUUCAAGAAGCUCUUAAGCACCACCAUUACAGGCCAGAAGAGAUCCUGAAAACAUUGAAAGGAAAGGAAGGAUAAGUUACUUUGGUUCAAUCAUAGAAAGAGGAAAGAAAAUGAAGGAGAGAAGGAGAAAACAAAAAACUCAACCCAUCGGUACUGAAGUCAUUGAGAAAUUCCAAUGCAACAAGAAGUGGGAUAUUCGCGUGCAAAGAGUUAGAAUUGUGAUGCAAACUGGUGGAAUCAACCAUCGAUAAGUAUUUGGUGUUGCGGGCUGCUGUAUUGAAGAUGUUUAAAUAGGUGUUUCUGUACAACAUUUGGCUUCACGUGCAAUAACAAGUGUUAUUAUAAAUCCUCUUGCCGAUUUAUUCAUCAUUGAUGGGAAUUGAUGAGUCCAGUUGGCGCAUUUAAGUCCAUUAAAUAUAGGAUUGAUGAGGUCAAGUUUGAACAGUCACCAGAUGGUGGUUCCAGCUCUAAGGUGUCAAGCUCUACUAGAAAGUAGUGGAAGCCUAUCUGCCCUUUGGUAUGAAAGCACAGUUUUUGUAACAAAUCAGCAGGACACAUCAGAGGCCCUUAAACGUAGCACAAGGGGUAAACAAUUGCCAAAGUAUUUGGACCACUAUGUGGUCCCAAACCCCAAAGGAGUAUCUCCUCUGCCAAGCCGUUAGAGAAUGGGACAAAUCCAGCCUAGAAUAGCAUAAAUAGACUAAGGCAUAUAGAGAAUGGUGUGAAUGAUCUUGCUUAUGUUUUUUGUUGCUUAGAGUGGUAGAUCUGGAACCUCCCUCUUUCUAGUUUGAACAGUCACUUAAUGGUGGUUCCAACUCUAAGGAGGCAAGUACUGGAUUUCAAGCUCAAUGUAGAAAGUAGUGGAAGCCUAUCUCCUUCAGAACCCUGAUGCAUAUGAGGAAGAUAUUGGUGUUGCGCGACUUUCCUCUGACAUGCGAUUCAUUAUCAAUAAUAGAAGAGACUGCCCAACCUUGAAUAGCUGUUCCUUGACAUGCUAUUCAUUAUCAUCCAAGCAGAAGAAUGGAACAUUGGGGAGGAAGACACCUUUGAGAUCUCAAUUCUUUUAAGCAUUCUGUGUGAAAAGUCUUUAGCACUCUUUGUACUUGUGUGUUUAAGUUCUCCACCUGUGACAUUGGCUUCUGUACAUGAAUCAUUCUUCUGUACAAACCACAAAAAUAGUAUUGACCUUAUUCUCCUUCAUUAACAUAAUUAAGUGCAUUUGAUGUUUAUGAAUUUUCAGCUGACAAUACAGACAAGUGUUGGGACGAAAAGUUUUAAAUCUCCAUUUUCUUCUGUCUAGUUUUGCAAGAUGAUUUACUGGACACCGACACAAAAAGGUGGUCAUAAUUAGACAUAUGUAAUGUAUUACAAUCAAAUUCUACUUGUACUUUCUUUUG